CAGACCUAGAGCAGCACAUGGAGACGACCACCCACUGUAUUCAGAUUACACAGAGAGAAGACAAAGAACCUCUACGCCACAUAGAGAGAGAGGAGACACAGACUAAGACAAAAGGCCAUCCAGUUUCACUCAGACACGCAGACAAACAGAGAAACCAACGCCAACCGGAUCCAAUAUGGUGUCAGCUGGGUUACAGAUGCUGGGCACGGCCCUGGGGYUCAUUGGCUGGAUCGGGACUAUCAUCGUAUGCGCCAUGCCCAUGUGGAAGGUCUCCGCCUUCAUUGACAGCAACAUCAUCAUCUCUCAAGUCACCUGGGAGGGUAUCUGGAUGAGCUGCGUGUUCCAGAGCACGGGCCAGAUGCAYUGUAAGAUCUAUGACUCCAUGUUGGCCCUGCCCCAGGACCUUCAGGCUGCCAGAGCCAUGACUGUCAUCGCCAUCCUCUCCGGCAUCAUCGCCAUCCUAUUGGCUGUAGCCGGMGGAAAGUGCACCAACUGCGUGGAGGACGAGGCGUCCAAGGCUAAAGUGGGCGUGACGUCUGGGGUGGUGUUCAUCAUUGCCGGGGUUCUGUGUCUGAUCCCUGUCUGCAGGAUAGCCCACAGCAUCAUCCAGGACUUCUACAACCCGCACCUGGUAAGCGCUCAGAAGAGGGAGCUGGGGGGCGCGCUCUACGUGGGCUGGGGGGCAGCUGCCCUGCUGCUGAUUGGAGGAGGCCUGCUCUGCUUCAACUGCCCCGAGAAGGACGAGGGAUCCUACACCGCCAGGUACAACAAGUCCCCUCGCUCCGAGACCUUGGGACCAGCCUCUGGAAAAGACUAUGUCUGAGAAGGGAAGAGAGGGAGAGAGAGAAGAAUGGAAGAGCAAGAAUGGAAGAGAAGAGAGCGAGGUCUGUCUGCCAUGAGAGACUGUCUGUCUGUAGCUAAGAUCCAGCUGUGUAUAUAUGGACUCUAUUCCGGCACUAUGGUCACUAUGGUGCUGCUCUAUUAGGAAGGUUUGAUAAUGAGGAUAUUUGAAGGUGAUGAGCAAAGAGGAGGACCACAGUGACUAAAGAGUCCAUGGAAGUAAGUUACAGUUGAAAGUGAACCACAGCUGAAGCUAGGUAUAAAAUAUACUUUAGAACAAGAGGAUUCUAUCCCAUAAGUCUUUGCAUAAAUAUUGUCCUAACCUGUAUAUUUUUCGGCUUAGACCCGGAGAAGGAACUGAAUUCCUUAAAA